AUGUUCGAAAGACUAGUUAAGGUUAAGCCACCAUACUAUAAGAGGAAAGCUGACCCAACCUUCUUAGAAAACUGGAUUAGGGAGUUUGAGAAACUUUUUGAGGUUGUGAACUGCCCUGAGCAUAUGAGAGUGGGUCAGGUUGUGCUACAUCUGAAAGAUGAGGUUGAUUCAUGGUGGAGAGAGAGUGGAGCUAGAUUGAGUGUUGUUGAAGGAUUCAAUUGGGGUGCCUUUGUGAUUGCCUUGAGAUGGAAGUUUUACCCUGCCUUUAUGCAGAAGCAAAAAGCCCAAGAAUUCAUUAACCUUAGGAUGGGUAGCAUGACCAUUUCCGAGUAUUACAACAAAUUCAUAGCCUUGUCCAUAUUUGCACCCGAUGUUGUAGCCACUGAGGAACUUAAGGCUCAAAGGUUUGAGUCGGGUUUAACUGAUGAGAUACAGUUGGGAUUAUAA